GCCGGUUGUUCACACUUCACACUGGUCUCUCGCUCUCUUCUUCUCCAACAAUGCCGGUGUCCGUACGCCGCAUUCUCACCGCUGCUCUCAGAUCCCCAAAAUUUCCCUCUCCUCCACUUCUCUCUCUCUCCUCUCCCCAAACAAAACUCAAUACCAUAUUUCCAUUCCCUCAACCGCUUAAUUCCCGCCCAUGCUCGUCCUCUCCCCCGCCGCCAGAACCCGAUCCUCCGAUCCCAAUCCGAACCCGAACCCGUACCCCUAUCGAGAAGCAGUUCGAGACGUGGGUCCAAACCCUCAAGCCCGGAUUCUCCCCGGCCCAAGUCCGCGACGCCUUGGAGGUCCAAUCGGACCCGGACCUCGCGCUGGACAUCUUCCGAUGGACGGCGCAGCAGCGAGGCUACAAGCACACCCACGAUACCUACCUCACCAUGAUCAAGAUCCUCAUCGACGGCCGGCGUUACCGUCACACCGAAACCCUAGUCGAGGAGGUAAUCGCCGGCGCCUGCGAGAUGAGCGUCCCUCUCUACAAUUCCGUAAUUCGGUUCUGCUGCGGCCGAAAGCUCCUCUUCAACCGCGCAUUCGACGUCUACAAGAAAAUGCUAAAAUCCCCCGACUGUAAACCCAAUCUCGAAACCUACACUUUGCUGUUCAAUUCAUUGCUCAAGAGGUUCAACAAGUUGAAUGUCUGUUACGUGUAUUUACGCGCCGUACGGUCUUUGACGAAGCAGAUGAAGGCUUCGGGCGUGAUUCCCGAUACGUUCGUGCUCAACAUGAUCAUCAAGGCUUACGCUAAGUGUCGCGAGGUCGACGAGGCGGUUCGGGUGUUUCGCGAGAUGGGCCUGUGCGGGUGCGAGCCGAAUGCUUACAGCUACGGCUAUGUGGCCAAGGGGAUGUGUGAGAAGGGGAGGGUGGGACCCGGUUUCGGGUUGUAUAAGGAAAUGAGGGGGAAAGGGUUGGUGCCGAGUGGGAGUACGUUUAUGAUUCUGAUAUGUAGUCUUGCAUUGGAAAGGAGAUUUGAUGAUGGCGUUGAGGUUUUGAGGGACAUGUUGGAUUGUAAAAUGUCUCCUGAUUUGUUGACUUAUAAGACUUUGUUGGAAGGUUUGUGUAGGGAUGGGAAGGGUGAUGAGGCAUUGAGAUUGCUUGAGGAGUUCAGAGGGAGAGAUGGGUUAAUGGGUGGGAAGACUUACAGGAUUUUGUUGAAUGAGUUGCAUUUUAUUAGUCGCGAGGAGGAUGAAUAAAUAGAUGCUUUGGUUAGAUCGAUUAUAUUUGGGAUAUUAUCACACCAUUAUUUUCUGAUAUGUAAUUUGUUUUGACUAUGUAGUACGCAGAGCAAAGAGAUGUGAAUCGCAAGGUGAUAAUUUGAAGUUAUGCUGUUUACUCUUGACCUAUGAGUUGCAUUUUAUUAGUAGCGAGGAGGUUGAAUUGCUGCUUUGUUGGGCGAGGAAAGAACUGUGAGUGCAAGCUGAUAAUUUGAGAUAAGCUCUGCACUCGAGUCUUGACCUAUUAUUGGAUUGUGGAGAAUGAGCUACAAAAAUGCUGGUUUUGAUUAAACUUUGACACAAGGGAGAAUGAAGUUGGCUUGGUCGGAUCUUUUCUGUUUGAGAAGAUUUCCCCAUUUCGAAAACGAGAGAAAGUCGAUGGUCCUUUAGCUUCAUAAACUUACGAUUCGAUGGCAAUUGCCUCCUAGUAACAUGUUAAGAUGGAGGGAAAAACAAUGAUGGUUGCUGGUUCAGUUUGAGCUGAGAGUUUGCUCUUAUAACCCUCCAAAAUGUGCUUUUCUCCGUGAGAGAGCAUGUUGUUGAUCCUGUGAUAUGUGGAAGUUGAAAAACUUUUUGGUCUGUUUAGUACGUUGAUUGA